GAAGAAAGGAGAUGAGCAGAGAGAAGAGGAGGAGGAGAGAUGAGAGGAAGAGAGGAGAAGACGAGAAGAGAGGAGAAGAGUGCAGAAGAGAGGAGGAGAGGAGAGAGGUCACCCCACGCAGAACGCGGCGAGCCCGUGCUGGUGUGAGGACGUGGACUUCAGGCACGAGGCAACGGUCUUGUCUGAUCUAGGAGCCGCGAGAGCGACGCCAAUGCUGCUGCCGCUGUUGCCGCCAACGAGGAGCACGAGCACACACGCGCUGUCCAGCCGCAGAGGUGCUGAAACGCACUCGCCCGCCCGUCCUCGCGUGACGUAGUGGUCAAUGUUGACGACACUGAAGACAUGCUGCCCAAAUCCAGAAGAGCACUGACCAUUCAAGAGAUCGCUGCACUUGCAAGAUCCUCCUUACAUGGUAUCUCUCAGGUGGUGAAGGACCACGUGACCAAGCCCACGGCGAUGGCGCAGGGUCGGCUGGCGCACCUGAUCGAGUGGAAGGGGUGGGUCAGGCCCAGCGAUGCCCCCCACAGCCUGGAGAGCCACAUGCACACCUACGCACACCUCACCGAGGGGGAGCAGGAGGCACGCUUCGCUGCAGGGGUAGCGGAGCAGUUUGCUAUAGCAGAGGCGAAGCUGAGAGCCUGGUCUUCUGUAGACGGAGACGACUCCAACGAUGAGUCUUACGAUGAGGACUACCAGCCCACCAACGACCCUACCACUCAGAGCACAGACCUGUCCUCCUAUCCUCCGUACCUGAGAGAUCUCAUCCAGACUCACCUGGCACCGCCGCCCUCCUCCUCAUCGCCCCCGUCGCCGUCGGAUACGCUCUGCUCCAGCCUCUGCAGCCUCGACGACCACCACCCGCUGCUGCGGGACCUGGGUCGCCACGGUAACGCCGCCCUCCCCCCGUCCACGGCCACAGCCGCCGACCUGGCGGCCAAGAUCCUGGGAGCGCUACAGGAAGGGGAGGAGCUUAUCCUGGCCCGCCUCCAGAGAGGGAGGAGUCAGUGGAGAGGGGGCGGAGACUCUCCCUGUUACUCGGUUACCUACUCGGAGACGUACCUGUCGCCCGGCGAGGAGGAGGAAGAGGAGGAAGUGCCAUAUAAGGACUGUGUGGGCGGGGUUUGCAGGCUGAGGAGGGAGGAGUCAGACGUGGCGUCCAGCGGCGUGGUGUCACUGGAGGAAGAGGAGGAAGAGGAAGAGGAGGAGGAGAGGAGAGAGGGAUGAGUGGAGAGGGAGAGGAGUGCACGGACUGAUCCCUCUCUCUCUCGCUUUUGAAUUCUGUCUCUAGCCCUCUCUCUUUCUCUCUCUCUGCUUGUCCUUCCCUCAUUUGUUGCCAAGGUUACGGCUCUGUUCUGUAUCCAGCUGGUGGUGUGUGUGGCUCAAGCGUCCAAACAAUCAGUGUGCACACACACACGCACACACACAC